AUGCCACACCCACUACUCUCGCUCCGAGCGCUUCAGAAGCUGCCAGUCUCUCAACGCCUUCUCGCACAGAAAGCGAUGACGGGCUCCACUGACGCCCUUCACCGGCUCUACGACCUGGCUUACGGAACGCCGUCUCAGGGACUCUCGUUUCUCCCCGUUGUCAAUCACCUCCUCGCGCCACAGCGCAUCGCCAGCUUCACUGCGGCCGACGAUCCCCAUCUUCUCACCCACAUAGCUGGGCUUGUGUUCAACCUUGUCGAUGCCUGUGACCCUCUCGUGCCGAAAUCAAUAUAUCGGGCGCUGUGGCCCCGCAUGUGGGAUUGUGUCCUGGCUGUCGAGAAGCUUGCCGACACCCUGUACGACUCCAACCCCGCAGAAGCCCAGUCCAUUCUUCGGGAAACCUGCUCGACACUCCUCGUGGUGCUAAUUCCCUUCCUCUCCACCGCCACGCCUGCUGACCUGGGUGGCGAUCCCGCUGUCUUGUACGACUUAUCGCGCCUCAGCGGUCGACUAUGGGCUGAGCUCAUUCAAACCACGUUCUCGGACUCUCACCGUCAGCAAGACCUUGCUGUCUGGCUCUCCAGUCUCUACAGACUAUUUGGUGCCAUGCGCGGGGCCAAACUUCCCGCGGCUGCACUUAUCGAGGGCUUCGAAUCAGCGCGCACGCAGAUAGACUUCUGCAAAUACAUUGUCGACACCAUCGACGACUCUGACGACGAGGACGUGCUAUGUGGGCUGAUUGCCAUGGCUUGCAAUAUCAUCCUCGUCCGCCCACCGGCCAGCCCCUGGGCGAAAUCACUUCUACAUCAUGGGCUUCUCAGCGCCGUCGCGCGUGCUUUCACCCGCGUAUGCGAUUUACCGCCAUCUCCGCUGUCGGAUGGGCUCCGCCUCAUCGCCAUUUCGCUCACGUCUUCCGAACGGUGGCUGUAUCUCCCGAAGGCUCUGGACGCUGGCCUGCUGCGCGUUCUGAAGCAAGUUAUUGACAAUCAAAAUGCCGACACCUACGUCCCUGUGCAGCAGCUCCUGGCGCGUCUUCCCGGCUCGUUGAUAUACCAUCCCGUCAUGGAAGCGCUCCAGCGCCAGCAGAUGGACUUGGAUGGUGGAGAAGCUACGGAUGACUCAGAUGAGCUUCACCAUGUCUGGGCGGGCUUCGUCGCUCUCGCAAAGGAGCGACUUUCAAUCCUGGAGGAAUACCAGUCAGGAGAGCAUCGGCCGCGCCGUAUGUGCGGCAGUCCCACAUGUGGCCAAAUCGGUCUCGAGCGGGACUUCCGCCGCUGCUCAGGCUGCUCCGGUACUCUCUACUGCGACAAGAAGUGCCAAAAGGUGUCGUGGGCUCACGACCAUCGCGACGGCGGCUGUGCGCUCGUUGCGAUGAUGCAGCACCAAUAUCGUGGUCCCGCCGCGCCGUUCCGGAACAAACGUGCCGAAGGCUUCUUGCGGCUGAUCGUCCAGCGUGACUACCGGUCGCUCAAGCUCGAUAUCCUUCGCCUCACGCUCGGAUCUCUCCACUCAGAUGUGCGCAACCCCCCGCUCAUCGUCUUCGACUAUACCGCCAGCACAGGGGGCCGCAGCAUCCGUCUUGUCCCGCCUACCCAGGAGUCGCUUGUCGAUAUCUACGGCCAAUCAGGCCUUGUUCCUUCGCUUUUCCGCGGGCCCAACAAGUUCUCCGCGUCAGACAACGAUCAAUACGUGCUGGGGCUGCACCACAUUGCCAUCAUGGAGCAGGACACGACCUACCAUGUCGACUGGGUGUUGUGUUCGCCCAGGGCGGCGUUCGUCAAGCAACGGCUUGCGGAGAUUAGUGCGAAGAUGAAAGCACUGGAGGUGGACGUCGAAAAUUUGCGUGACCAAGCGCCGGAGGUUUAUGAGGAGUUGGUGAUGUUGAGCAAGGAGCAAUUGGACGAGGUGUACCGUUGA